UGUAAAUGUAAUUUUAAAUAGAAUUAUGAAUUUUAUUACAAGAAUUAUUCUUCCAUUCAGACAAAUAAACUCCGAUUGCUGAAUGUGAGUGUACAUCCGAAUGAGAAAAAAUGCAUAGUUCAUUUUGAAUAUCAACUAUUUUGCCAAUAGAACGUUGCCACCUUUGAAAAUUAUUUGCUUGGGGUUACUCAAUGGUGCGAUGAAAUAUAUUCAUAUAUUCGAUUAAGCGAUGAGAAUCGCGUUAAAUUUGUCGAAUCUUUGUGAACAAGAGCUCUUUGAUAAACAUAAAUUUAAGUGUAUAUAUAAAUAUAAAUUAUGAACUAUAUACUCAAUUUUGAAUACGAACUAUGUUCCUAAUGCGAUGGUGCCACCUGUUUUAAAGUUACUUAUUCGAUUGACAGCUGCACUAAAGGUUACGCGAUAGACUCAGUUGAGUGACAAAUCAAAACGCAACGCAUCGAGUGCGCGUAACUUACUAGUGAACAAACUAGCUUAAAAUAAAAAAAAUGUAUACUGACGAUAAUGCGAAUGACUUUGAUAUGGAAAUGGCGGUAACUAACCCUGAUCAGUCUUUAGAGGAAAAGCAGGCCGAGGCCACCGAAACCAGCAAUGAUCUCACCGAAGUAACUAACUUGAUCAAGGAAUGCGCUACUCUAUGCCUAGACUAUACGGAGUCUCACAAUAAAAGAGAAAGUGAAUUAAUUACUUCUGAGCAAAACAUUUCCUCAAAAAUAUUGGAGGAGAAAUUUAAAUUGUUAUGUGAGCUUAAUUGUCCCGUUAGUAUAAAUGUCUCAAAAGCGAUGAAAAUAGACACCAUGCAGAAGCAACAUCUACAAAAACUUAACAGUUUGCUCCAAACCGAGGAUGAAUGUGUACUUGCAUAUGACACGUGCUGUGCUGAGGCCGUCAAGGCCACUGAAGUGAAUAGCAUCAAAGAGAAAUACGAUGAAUAUACCGAAAUGCCACAUGCCGUAUUAAUGGAUCGCAUAUUUGAAAUGAAAAAACAAACCGAAUCCUUAAAAUCUGCAUCUGCGGAUAUGAAGGCUAAAUAUAAUUUGCGUCUGAUGGAAAAUCAAAAGGAAUUCAAUUCUAUAUUAAAGGACACAGCAAAUCUUGAAAAGUAUGAGCUAGAAGCAAUGUAGUUAGGUGUUAACGGUUACAAUUGACAAUGAUUCGAAAGAAGAAAUGA